AUGUCAUACGAGCUGGAAGCAAAGAAGCGCAAAUUCGACCGCAUUCUCGAAUCGUUGACCGACGGAGGCUCCUCGCGAACGCCGUUGAAUGCACGGAAUGGCACGUCGAAUGCCACUGCGACCAACGGCCUUUCUGACGCAUCGAAACGGCGGCGUAUAACGCCUACUGCAAUCACUAAGUCGGCAUCAACGACGAGUCUCACCGGCCACUACCUUCCCUCUUCACGACCAGCGUUUCUGGAACGACUCGCAACUUUUCGACAGGUCACGCAAUGGCAUGUCCCAUCGACAGAGCCGAUCAAUGCCGCAGUGUGGGCUAAGAGGGGCUGGAUAUGUAUUGACCGGGACACGGUGUUCUGCGGGCCAUGUAAAGAGCGUUUGACGGUAGAUCUAGACCUGGAAAAUGGCAGACUACACGAACCCGACGCCACAGACGAGGCAGCGGACGAAGAGGGCUACACGCUGACGAAGAACGUAUAUGAUGCGUUGAUCAAGCGCUACUCCGAGAUGAUUGUCACAGCACAUGCAGACAGCUGUCCGUGGCGAAAAAGAGGCUGUUCCGAGUCCAUACAACGCGUCGAAGGUCUUCUGAAUACCAACAAUGCUAUCUUGGCAACGAAAGAGAGGUAUAACAGCAUCGCAACAGACCUGACCGAGGUCCCAAGAGUGUCAUUACCAGACAAGUUCUCGCUAGAAGAGCUAGGCCAGACGACUUUCGACGACCAAGCAGUGUCAUCAGAUGCUCUUGGCCUGGCUAUGUGCGGCUGGCAGCGGAAGUGCGCCGAUGUGGUCGAAUGCAAGUACUGCUUCCGAUCGCUUGGUCUGUGGCUAUACCGAGGCAACAGACCGACAAUCGAGAAGCUAGAUGCAGUGGAGAGCCAUCUCGAGUACUGCCCUUGGCGAGACCCCAGCGCCCAAGACAGCGAAGUCCCGAUCCCGAAUCCUUUAAUGUCAGAAACGGAUGCCUCGGCCAAGACUGUCAAACUAUCGGGCUCAGAACUGGUCUACCAAGCAAUAGUAAAAACAAACGCGAAGAAGAGCGGAGCCAAGCGGCCUGCCACUGCCGUCACAACGGUGUCAUCGGAAGACGGCCUAUCGGAACAGACACCAGAGCAGCGCGAGAAGAGGACGCGCGAUUUAAUGAAGCGAAUCAAGGAGUUGCGAAAGCCCUUCAAUUUGAAGGCGCUAUUGCGAAAGAAGGCCCAGGAGAAAGACAGACCCAAAACUGCGACGUGA